CUCAUUAUUAUCCUUGUUCCAUUGAUUCCUUCUCUCUCGGCCUUCCUCUCAAUCUUCAUCUUCCCUUUCUCUUCUUCUUCUUCUUCUUCCAUUUUCCAUUCUUAUGGUUUCAAAACCUUCUUCUUCUUCUGUUCGAUAACUUCAGCCAUUAGCAUCAGAAAUGGAUCAGAAGAGUGUUGACCAUGUUAGAGGCCUCUGGAGCUCUCCCAUGGCUGAAGCUGCCCUCCUCCUUGCCAUGAACAAGCCCCCUCAUGCAGGCAUGGCCUGGAGUACUCAUCCAAACGCCUCCCAUUUCGCUUCCGGUUCAGCUUUCGCAGCAAGGAGAGCUGCAGGGCUUCCAUCUCUCCACCCUUCCUCCGAGAUCGACAUCGACAUCGACAUGGCGGACCAAGACAGGAGCACCUCGCCGCAAGGCCUUGCUGCCAAGAAAAGGAAGAGAAACAGUGCGAAAAGCAAGGAGAAUGGGAACACCACUCAGGAAUCUGAUGGCAAGCAAGCAGAAGCAGAAGCAGAAGCAAAAGAGGACUACAUUCAUGUCCGAGCUCGGCGCGGCCAGGCGACCAAUAGCCACAGCCUUGCAGAAAGAGUGAGAAGGGAGAAGAUCAGCCAGAGGAUGAAGUUCCUUCAAGAGCUUGUUCCUGGUUGCAGCAAAGUCACCGGAAAGGCGGUGAUGCUCGACGAGAUCAUCAACUAUGUCCAGUCACUGCAGAGGCAGGUCGAGUUUCUAUCAAUGAAGCUUUCAGCUGUGAAUCCAAGGAUGGACUUAAGCACAGCGGAUCAGUGGUUUCAUCGGUCGCAAAGCGGGCCUUCUUCGCCUGCCAUUGGCUUCCAUGCUAAAGUUCAUCCAUCUCAAUCUGGUUUAUCUGCAAUGAGUGUUCGACUCGACUCAGUGCCUAAUGCUUGGGAAGAACAGCUACAGAGUGUCAUGCAAAUGGCUAAUUGUUUCGGCAACAACCCUCAGCAACCAAGAACUCAAUGACGAUCAAUCUUUGCUUGGAAAUUCCACAAGGCUGACAAAAAACAAGGCCAGCACUUGAAGAUUGAUUAGCUUUUUAAAGAGUUUUUGAGAGCAUUUCAGGUGCUGUGGUUCUAUCUUGCAUAGGAAUUGAGCUGUUUUUGAGGAUCCCUCUGUUCUUAGGGCAACAAGAGAAUCAAGAAAUCAGCAUGAAAUUGCUCUAUCUAAUUUCUAUUAAUAAAGUGAAUAUUUAUUCGUGACUUCAA